AUGUCCAAGAGAACAGAUAAUGACAUUAAAGCGCGAGUGAUUCUGCAGCAGUGUCUGCAUGCUCGACUGCAGGUCAAACUUCCAGAAGCUGAGAGUGAGGCUGAAUGUGUUGAGAUUAAUCGGGGAAUGGUUAUCUACAUCUGCUUUUUCAAAGGUGCAACUGAAGAUAUAAUCCUUAAAAUGGUGAACACACUGCUGAACAUGAAGCUUUGUGAGACAGAAUCUGGAAAGUACACCUCAGUGCUGCAGCUACCAGGAAGUGUUCUCAUAGUACCGCAUGCUACGCUUGGAAGAAAACCAAAAGGCAAAGGGAUGCAGUUCCAUGGCAACAUUGGGAAAGAUGAAGGCUUGAAGCUCUAUGACAGCUUUGUGUCUCAUUGUCAAAGUAAACUCAGCUUCAAAAACAGUGACACUGUUUCAGAGCUCAAACAUGGAACGUAUGGGAACGGACCUUAUACUCAUCUAAUGGAGUUUUAA